GAGACAGAGAAAGAGAGAGAGAGAGAAAGAGAGACACAGAGAGAAAGAGACAGAGACACACACAGAGAGAGACAGAGACAGAGAGAGAGGUGGAGACACUCUGACAGAAGACAGAAGACGCAGAGAGGGAUCCCGCUGGUCUCUCUGCCCCAUGGAAGGUCCAGAGGCUGAUUUCACCCCAUUUGGAGUCAUUUGGGAAUCGGAGAGCGAUUCAGACUGGGAGGAAGAGGAAGAUGACCAGGAGACGGACCUUUCCCAGGAAAUGGCAGAAACCAAAGAAAAAAUGGCAGAAAUUGAGCAAGCUUCUCAAGCCCUCUUAGCUGAGUUGUCCACCAUGGAAAUGGAGUAUGCCAUUGAGAAGGCCUGCCGAGAGCAGGCGGAGGCCUUUGCCAUCCAGGUGAGCAGGGAGAACAAGAAGCUGCAGCGGAUCAGCCUGGCGCUGCUGCCCAGGCUGGCCCUCCAGCAGGAAGAUCUGGUGGGCUUGAGCGACGGUGAAGAAGGCGCCGCUCCUGACUCUGCGCUGGAUCCGAUGGGCAGGUGCCUUCAGCAGGUCAAAGACCUCCAACUCAAGGUGUCAGGGCUGCUGGAGGAGAAGAAGGAAUUGACCACGCAGGUGAAGGAGCUCCUGGCUCUUGUGGGAAAGCUCCAGCAUCAGCUAGAAGAGGAGUGUGCCGAGAAGCAGUCUCUGAAGGUUUUGAAGGAACACAAUCGGAAGAUGCUGAAGAGGGUCAAACAAGCAUCCCGUUUGGUCACCGAACAGUAUGGCCGGAUGUCGCGGCAGUUGGACAUGGAGGAGAAACUGAGGCAGCAAGCAGAAAUCUUUGCCCGUCAGAUGCUGCUGAAGCAGAAGGAGGCCAACCGUCAGAGCCUGAUCCUGAUGCAGAACGUGGGAGCGGAGGCCCAGCUUCUCCUGGCCUUGGAGGACGUGGCCCAGAUGACCCGGCGGCUGGAGGAAACGAAGAUGGAGCACGAGGCCAAAGUGAAGGACCUGGAGACCCAGCUGGCGGAACGGCCACUGCCAGAGGAGCUGGCCAGGCUGCAGGCCACGUUGGCCACAGCCGAGAAAGGAAAGGCACACCUGGAGCAGCGACUUCUCCGGGCAGAGGAGAAAUGCGCCAGCCUGGAGCGAAAAGUGAAAGUCCUGGAGGAGGGGGCUCAGCCCCCCGACGCCCCAGAGGAGAGCCCGGUGGUCCCGGUCCCCCCGCCACCCCCUCUGCCCCCUCCCACCUUCCCUGCAAAGGCCGACCCCCUGAUGGCCCUUCGGGAGAGGAAAGGCGCACAGCAGACAAAAAGGGGAGACCUCCGCUCGGACGAGGCCGUGGCCAAAGCCCUGGAGGAGAUGAUGGGCCGGAUCAAGGGCGGAGUGGCGCUGCGGCCAGUGAGGCGGGGGGCCGAGUCCCCCUCCCAGCCCCCGUCUGCCGCGGUGAACAAGCGGAGGAGCGCGGCCGUGGAGCUGCAAGACCUGCUGAGUGCCACGACCAGGCCACGAAAGCGAUCCAGCCGGCGUAAGGGCAGCCAGAAGAAGCAACUGGUGGACAAUCAGCUUGAGAAGCUCCUGCAGAGACGGCGGCGUAUAGUUGACCAGGCGCCGGUCAUGACCAAGCCCUCCAUCCCAGCUGCAGACCAGGGGCUCCUGCCUCCUGUCCCCGGGGCCAGGGGAGAAGACCACGCAGCUUCACCCGUGAGGCUCCCAAGGGGCCUCCAGCCCAACCAGUCAGAGUCCCCGGAGACUAGCAAAGGUCUACCAGUGAAAGCCCUGGAGGAGGGGGCUCAGCCCCCCGACGCCCCAGAGGAGAGCCCGGUGGUCCCGGUCCCCCCGCCACCCCCUCUGCCCCCUCCCACCUUCCCUGCAAAGGCCGACCCCCUGAUGGCCCUUCGGGAGAGGAAAGGCGCACAGCAGACAAAAAGGGGAGACCUCCGCUCGGACGAGGCCGUGGCCAAAGCCCUGGAGGAGAUGAUGGGCCGGAUCAAGGGCGGAGUGGCGCUGCGGCCAGUGAGGCGGGGGGCCGAGUCCCCCUCCCAGCCCCCGUCUGCCGCGGUGAACAAGCGGAGGAGCGCGGCCGUGGAGCUGCAAGACCUGCUGAGUGCCACGACCAGGCCACGAAAGCGAUCCAGCCGGCGUAAGGGCAGCCAGAAGAAGCAACUGGUGGACAAUCAGCUUGAGAAGCUCCUGCAGAGACGGCGGCGUAUAGUUGACCAGGCGCCGGUCAUGACCAAGCCCUCCAUCCCAGCUGCAGACCAGGGGCUCCUGCCUCCUGUCCCCGGGGCCAGGGGAGAAGACCACGCAGCUUCACCCGUGAGGCUCCCAAGGGGCCUCCAGCCCAACCAGUCAGAGUCCCCGGAGACUAGCAAAGGUCUACCAGGUGAAGGACCUGGAGACCCAGCUGGCGGAACGGCCACUGCCAGAGGAGCUGGCCAGGCUGCAGGCCACAUUGGCCACAGCCGAGGAAGGAAAGGCACACCUGGAGCAGCGACUUCUCCGGGCAGAGGAGAAAUGCGCCAGCCUGGAGCGAAAAGUGAAAGUCCUGGAGGAGGGGGCUCAGCCCCCCGACGCCCCAGAGGAGAGCCCGGUGGUCCCGGUCCCCCCGCCACCCCCUCUGCCCCCUCCCACCUUCCCUGCAAAGGCCGACCCCCUGAUGGCCCUUCGGGAGAGGAAAGGCGCACAGCAGACAAAAAGGGGAGACCUCCGCUCGGACGAGGCCGUGGCCAAAGCCCUGGAGGAGAUGAUGGGCCGGAUCAAGGGCGGAGUGGCGCUGCGGCCAGUGAGGCGGGGGGCCGAGUCCCCCUCCCAGCCCCCGUCUGCCACGGCGAACAAGUGGAGGAGCGCGGCCGUGGAGCUGCAAGACCUGCUGAGUGCCACGAGCAGGCCACGGAAGCGAUCCAGCCGGCGUAAGGGCAGCCAGAAGAAGCAACUGGUGGACCAUCAGCUUGAGAAGCUCCUGCAGAGACGGCGGCGUAUAGUUGACCAGGCGCCGGUCCUGACCGAGCCCUCCAUCCCAGCUGCAGACCAGGGGCUCCUGCCUCCUGUCCCCGGGGCCAGGGGAGAAGACCACGCAGCUUCACCCGUGAGGCUCCCAAGGGGCCUCCAGCCCAACCAGUCAGAGUCCCCGGAGACUAGCAAAGGUCUACCAGGUAGGAACCGGUGUGCUGGACUACCCUCACGGAUUGGAUGAUUUUUUGCCAUGCGCACUUCAGUUUGAGGUC